CCGAAGGCAUGAUGGCAGCGGACAGUGCAGUGGUGCUGGGUUUGGUGGAGGAGUUUGUGUCUGGAUUGGUAGACAGCAAGGCCAAGGACGCCGCAGCAGCUGUCAAAGAUGGACAGUUCACAGUUCUGCAGCUGGUGGAGGCACUGGGCUUAAGUCUGACCAGCUCCCAGCCCCACACUCGAGCCAGAGGAGUACAGCUGCUCUCUGAAGUCUUAAAUGAAUGUUCUGGAAGUCUCACUGAGAAAGAAGUUGAAGUUCUUAUUGCCUUCUAUGAAAACCGACUAAAGGACCAUUAUGUCGUCACACCUCCUGUCUUACAAGGGCUCAAAGCUCUGACAAAAUGUACAGUUUUGCCUCCUGGCUCAGCUGUGUCCAUGCUGAGGUCUCUAUUUCAAGAUGUUCAUGUUCAGUCUCUGAUGCUGGCAGAGAGAGCAUGUGUUUACAAUAUGCUACUCAACCUGAUGGAGACCAGGGAGGCGGAACUGAAGAGUUUAGGCGCCGACUUUGUCUUUGGCUUUGUCCAGUCCAUGGAUGGAGAGCGGGACCCUCGCAACCUGCUGCUCGCCUUCCAGAUUGCUAGCAACAUCAUCUACCAAGGCUAUGACCUAGGUAAAUUUGCUGAGGAGCUGUUCGAAGUGACAUCGUGUUAUUUCCCCAUCGACUUCAGCCCUCCACCCAAUGACCCCCAUGGUAUCACCAAAGAAGAACUCAUCUUGGCAUUGAGAUCAAUCCUGACUGGGACACCAAAGUUUGCAGAGUUCCUGUUACCACUCAUCAUUGAGAAAGUGGACUCUGAUGUACAAAGUGCCAAGUUGGACUCCUUACAAACUCUGGCUGCCUGUGUCUCUCAGUAUGAGCAUAAAGACUUAGCAGAGUUCCUAGAGGGGCUGUGGACAUCCAUUCGUAGAGAGGUGUUUCAGACCUCCAGUGAGAAGGUCGAGUCUGCAGGUCUCUCCGCUCUCACCGCACUCACUUCCUGUGUCUCUCGCUCCGUCCUCAGCUCUGACUCUGAAGACUAUCUCAGCAACUUCCUCAACCUGGUUAUAAAAGACUGUAAGCACCAUCUGAGUGAACCAGACCUGAAGCUGGUCUGGCCUAGUGCCAAGCUGCUGCAGGCAGCCUGUAGUGCCUCCAUCAGGGCCAGUCACAUCAUUACAGCCUCCGUCAUGCCCAGCCUCAUCGAGCAGUACAACACCAGGACACAGUGCUCGCACCGGCGGACAUUACUAGAAGUGGUUCAGAAAUUUGUUCAGUCUGUGAAAUUAGUCAACACACCAGAAAAUGAGGACAAUGCUUUAUCAGAGUACCGUUCUUCAUUGUGUAGCAUAGUCUUCUCUGCCCUCAGUGAAACCAAUGACAGUCUACAGAUCACAGCCACGCAAGUGCUCACUUCACUGACUCAACAACAAGGUCUAUUGGAAGAAUCCGAUAUAGAACUGGCCGUGGAUCAUCUGACCAAACUGUUACUAACGGAGGAAGACGAGAGAGUGUGCCUUGCUGUAGUAGAAUGCAUUGGGGCUUUAGCAGUAUUACAUCCAGAACAGUUCAUCUCUAAAAUGAUUCCACGACUGAGGAUUGAAGCAUUUGCAGUACCGAUGGAUGAAAACAGUUUAGAAGCAGCUAAACGCCCCUCUCAUCAAACCGUCCGUCAGCGGUGUUUGACGGCUCUGGCCUCAGUCUCCUCUCAGCCCAGUGUGGUCCAACAGAGCACGCCUGUCCUCCUAGAGCUCAUCUCGGCUGCACACACAGGUAGUGUCCCCUUCACCAUCGAGGAUGUGGUGUUGGCAUGCCGGAGUCUACAGAGGAUAGCAGAGCAAGUUCAGGACACAGAGGAGACCGGGCACUGUUUUCAUGACAUCAUUAUCCCGCGCCUGCUGUCUCUGACACUACAGGCUGCUCUUCAGGGUGAAGAUGCACCCAGACCCAGUCCUUUGGUGGAGGAGAGUGUUCUGUCUGCUAUGGUCCUAGUCAUUGGUACAUCCUGUUCUAAACUGCAGCCCAAGUUGGCAGAAGAAACUGCAUCUAAAGCAGUGUCUCUCUUUCUAAAUGGCAACAUCUCCUUUUUGCCAGACAAUUCAUUUCCAUCAAAUAUUCAACUUCUUAAGGGCGACUGUUGGAGACAGUCCCAGAUGGUUUGUCUGCUCAUGGCUUGUGUGUGCUCUUUACCACGUACUGUUGAAGUCCCACAGUUGGAUGAUCUCCUGUUCGCACUGGAGGAGCUGAGCUGUAGCUCCUCCCACACUCUGUCCUACACAUCAGCGGCUAAGUGCUUCGCAGGCCUGGUCAACAAGAGGUCACUGGGUGAAGCUCUGGACAGGCUCAUACAGAGGACAGUGAAGAGGGUGUGCUCUGAGCUGGACUCUCCCAUCUCCACUGUGCACACUCAAGCCUUCACUCUCAUGAUCUGGGUUGCUAAGGCUCUUCUUCUUCGAUACCACCCCCUGUCGACAGCUCUGACGGACAAGCUCUUCUCUCUGCUUGAUGAUGCAGAAUUGGGUUCACUGGCAGCAGACGGCUUUUCUCUCCUCAUGAGCGACUCCACUGACGUCCUAAAUAGAGCUUGUCACGCAGACGUACGCAUCAUGUACCGACAGCGCUUUUUCAGUGAGAAUUCAAGCAAACUGGUCCAGGGCUUCCAUGCAGCCACAGAAAGGAAGCCAAACUACCUAAAGGCUCUGUCAAAUAUCGUCAACAAACUGCCGAAGCAAGUGCAAGUGACUGAACUACCAGCACUCCUGUCCCUUUUGCUGGAGGCCCUGUCCUGUCCAGACCUGAGUGUCCAGUUGUCCACUCUGUCCUGCCUGGAGCCUGUGCUGGUGGACCCUCCCCCAGCUCUCAUCCAGCAGCUGGAGGCUUUGGUGAGCAGGCUCCUGGCCCUCACGUCCAGCCCAGCCAUGGUUGUAAGAAUAGGAUCUCUGAGAUGCAUCCAUGCUCUGUCUCACUUUCCUGCACAUGAGAUACUGCCAUUUCGAGCUCGGGUCCUGCGGGCUUUAGCCAAACCGCUGGAUGACAAGAAGAGGCUGGUGCGAAGUGAAGCCGUACGGGCCAGAGGGGAAUGGUUUCUUUUGGGAAGUCCUGGAGGAAGGUGAUUGUUUCCCUGGCAGUAUUUUUACUUGACAACUAGUCCAAUGUACUUUCUGAUGUCAUUCUCUUUUUUUAACACGUUUUGGCCUCCUGAAUGUCAUGUAACUGCUGAUAUUUUUAUGAACGCACAAAAAUCGAAUCUUUAAAAUCAGCACAUGCAUUAAUAGCAUAGUUGAAUAACCAUAUUGAGAUUUUAUAACCAUUAAUGUAUAUGUUUUGUUUUUGAAGAAAUGCUCAACCUUUUUAUGUUAAAGCAAACUGACGUGUAGUAAUUUAAAGUAUCCACAUGUAUGCAGUUUAUGCACUUGUUCUCUGUUAACCAUAACAAGACAUAUCCUCUCAUUUCAGUGUAUUUGUAUGUGUACAUGUGUUAUGUCCACAUGAAAUACUUGAUUGUUUUGUUUUCACCAACUAAAAUAAAUAUUGUUGCCAUAUUAUAUCAAA